AUCCGGAUGGUGCAAUGUUCCCGUGGCGGUGUACUCACAUCUUGCGUCAUCCAGGUUGACCACUGGUUAACGAUGGGUACCUUAAUCAAACUCCUGGCGGACCUGCUGGUGAUGUGCCCCGUGCGUGACAUGGGACGCCUGCUCGCCUCAGCCGGCAACAACCACGUCUUUCGUUACCUCGUCUCUACAAACGCAGCGGCCAACGCCACUGCGGCCAAAGCGGGCGACAUGCUGCGGCUCCUGUUCGGCGCGCACUUCCUGAGCCCGGUCGAACUGGCCGCUUGGGCACAAGCCAGCGAGGCCAUCAUCGGCUUUUGGACACAGUUCGCCAGGACAGGGAACGUACCGAACUCGAACGGGCAAGGAGAAGGCCGAUUCAGCAUCAGCAUCGCUGAAGAACGGGAAACAAGCGUCCUUGACAUCCGGGAGGAGCAGUGCCGACUGCUCAGCAGCCUUGGCAUCUGACGAUUCAAGUGUCCUGCGCAGAAGACAGCUCGCGCGGACACUUUUUUUUGUUUUGUUUUGUUUACACUACUCGCAUUUACCCGCAAAAAGCCUUUAUAAGAGUCAUUCCUCCCCCCCCCUCCUUUUUCUUCCUUUGGCGCAUUAAUCAUUCUAUUAUUCUUACAUCUCGCAAUAC